AAGAUUUUUGGCGAAACUGUGUUUGGUAAACAAUUUUGCUACUGCGGCAUUAUUUACGGACACUUCCACGCUAUCAAUUGAGCUUGUUUAUAUAUUAUCAAACGCUUGGCAAAUAAAACGUGAUAAGAAAGAUGAAUAUCAUGGUCCUUCCUGAUUGUUAGUUGGAAAGAAUCUGCAGCAGUCGAAAGUCAUAUUUUGGACGAUGGAUAUAAACCUCGGAGUGUUAGUCGUGUUUGUCCUAAUCGUGGGUUUUCUGUACCGGUUAUUGACCAAGAACAAUGGUUACUUCCACGACAAGCCGAUACCGUCGAUGGCGGUUACACCAUUUCUGGGCAGCACCGGACCACUGAUGCUCAGGAAGUAUACCUUUGGUGAUUUUGUGGAACACAUUUACAACAAGUACCCAAAUGCUAAAGUUUUCGGACUGUUUGACACGAUCAAUCCGAUCUUUGUGGUGCGCGAUCCCGAGCUGAUCAAGAAGAUCACCAUAAAAGAUUUCGAUCAUUUCAUCGAUCACCGACCUGUCUUUGGCAACGGCGAAAACGACAGCCCGUAUGUCCUCUUCGGGAAGACGCUGUUCGCGAUGACCGGGCAAAAGUGGCGGGACAUGCGAGCUACGUUGAGUCCGGCGUUCACCGGCAGCAAGAUGCGGCAGAUGUUCGAGCUGGUGAUCGAGUGCUGUGAAAGUGUGACCGAAUUCCAGCUGAAACAUGAGUCUCGAUCGGUUGAGCUGAACGAUUUGUUUAAAAGGUUUAGCACGGACGUGAUCGCGUCGUGUGCUUUCGGUGUUAGACUGGAUUCGUUCCGGGAUCCGGACAAUGAUUUUUACAAAAAUGGCAAACAAAUGAUGCGUUUCGAGCGGUUGAGUGUUACGCUGAGGAUCUUUGCGAAUCAAUUCUUCCCGACACUCACCGGGAAACUUGGAAUCGAUGUGAUCGAUCGGGAACACAACCGGUACUUCAGUGCGCUGAUCAUGAACGCCAUUCAGGAACGCACGGCCAAAGGAAUCGUUCGUACGGACAUGAUCAAUCUUCUUCUGCAAGCCAGAGCUGGACUGCUGAAGCAUCAACACGAGAAGGAACUCGCCGCGGAAGGCUUCGCAACGGUUCGCGAAUCCGAGCUGGGAAAAGCGAACUCUGCGUUCAACAUGACGGACACGGAAAUGAUCGCGCAAGCGUUUGUUUUUUUCUUGGCUGGAUUUGAAACUGUUUCAUCGACGCUAAUGCUGAUGACCCAUGAUCUUGUCGUUCAUCAAGAUGUUCAGCAAAAACUGGUUGAAGAGAUUCUGGAAACGGAAGACACGCUAGCUGGGAAGAAGCUCAAUUAUGAGACACUACAGAAGAUGCAAUACAUGGACAUGGUAGUUUCGGAAAGUCUGCGAAUGCGACCAGCAGCGGUACUGCUGGAUCGCGUCUGCGUUCGGGACUAUGUUCUGGACGAUGGACACGGGUUGAAGUUUACCAUGGACAGUGGCACCGCUGUCUGGAUCCCUACCCAGGGAAUCCACAUGGAUCCCAAGUUUUACCCCAAUCCGGAAAGAUUCGAUCCGGAGCGAUUCAGUCCCGAGAAUCGCAAAUCGAUCGACCCUCUCACGUACUUGCCGUUUGGAGUGGGUCCGAGGAACUGCAUCGGAUCGCGAUUUGCCCUGAUGGAGAUCAAGGCGAUAUUGUAUUACCUGCUGUUGAACUUCAAAAUAGCCAGGAACGAGCAAACUCCAGUUCCACUUAAGUUACGUAAAGGGUUCACGACUAUAUCGGCAGAAGGCGAAGUCUUUGUCGACCUUGUAAAGCGUCAACAAUGAUACAUCAAUAAACAUAGUGUAUAUAACGGAUUCAACGCAGCUAAAGCGCAUCAAUAACAAAAGUAUCUCCUUCCAAA